ACGAAACUUAAGCGAGGCAGGCGGUCCCCGGUUAUCACAGCCCGUGCUGCUCCACACAGAGGUCCGCCACAUGUCCUGCCGUCCAGAGGGGUCUGCCUUCAGCUCGACACCUCAGAGCGACAAGCAAAGCUGGACAACUCUCAGACUUUGGCCUUCAGCUUGACAUAUACGGAAUUCUGUCUUAGUUAGUGUCAUAGUUAAUCAGACUAAAUCUGGUUCUAUUGUGAUCUGCCGGGCCAUUGCACGUUUUCCUACAUCCAGAUGCUGACUUAAGCAUUAUGAAUGUAUCACAAUGUCAGCUAGUGGGUCCAAACUAGCUCCUCUUUUUUCAACUCAUGACCUCAAACUUGUAUGCACUCAAUGCUCUGUCCGGGAGAAAGAAAUUACGUACACGUUAAAAGCAGUCCGCCACCAGUGUGCACAAAAUCUCCUGCUCUGCAAAGCCAAAGGCGGCAGCAAGUGGAGGCCUAUUUCUGAGCGCCCUACGUUUCCAAAGCCAAGUCAGUAUGAGGUGUGUUGCUUCUUUGUGGAAGGCUUUGGUUGCAAAUACCACAAGAACCGAUGCACCUUUGCCAGAAGCAGUGAGGAAGCUGCUGUGUGGACAUUUGAAAAGCAUCACAGAUUAGACCAUGUGCCUCUCUGUCAUCUUAUAGCUCAGUCUGAGAGAGGAUCUAACCAGCCUGGCAACUCUGAACCUCGAGGUGAGGUCGUGGCGACUCUAGAUUUGAAGGUCGUGUGCGAUCUGUGUUCUAUCAGGGAGAAUGAAAUAACAUACACAGUUCAGCUAGUUAGUCACAAGUGCAGUAGAAAUCUGCUUUUGGCCAAAACUAAAGCCUCUAACCAUUGGAGGCCUGUAUCUGAGCGGCCUACAUGUGGACAGUUUGGUCGAAAUGUUCUCUACCAAAAGUGUAACUUCUUUGUUGAGGGCUCUGGAUGUACACAGCAUGCACAGGGGUGCACUUAUGCCAGAAGCUAUGAAGAGGCCACUGUAUGGAACUAUGUUAGAGACAAGGAAAUUGAUAAAGAUGAAUUAAUAAGACUUGUAAUUGAGUCUGAGCACAUUUCAGUAACACCAGAAAGCGCAGCUGAAAGCAUACUUAAGCAGUUUAAGGGUGAAUUCAUCGAGUUCUGUAAAGACUGCUUUCACGAUCGUCCACUUAAACUGACAGCCAAAAGGUGGAAUGCGACCUGCUCAGCAGAUGCAGCGCAUACCUGGGAUCCAGUCUUAGUUCAUCACCUGUCAGAGAACAGGGGGAAGCACGUCUACAGCCAGGUGCGCACUGUUCCUCAAAACUGUCAGUUUAAGUACUGCAGUCAUGUCAGACAAGGCAAGCCCUGCUGGCAUCAGGCUGGCCACUGCCAGUCUGCCCAGAGCGAGGUGGAGAUGGCCGUGUGGAAAGCGGAGCACAGCGGGCUCUCCGUCAGGCCUCAUCUCCUGCAGCUGAGCCAGCGGGAGCAAACAGAGUCCAGAAAGGUCACCAUGUACUGCAAAGUUUGCCUCUUGACCCUGUCCUCCCCAGAGAGCUUCUACAAGCACUGCGCCUCUUUGGAGCAUGCCCAGUUACUCUCAGAGGACACCACCACCAAGUGGAGAGGACGACAGCCUCCACACAACACCCGAGCUGAGUUUGGGCUGUGUGACAGACCACAAACGUGCGAGUACGGUAACAAGUGCCCAAAAGCUCAUUCUGUGGAAGAACUGCAGGAGUGGAUGAUGCGUGCUGCAGAAGAGAAAGAGAUCAGACAUAACAUUGAAGCCCAGGGUCUCAUGUGCUACAAUGAAAGCCUUUUGGAGGAAUACAGAAAUAGCAGCAAUGAAGUGUACAUUAUAUCAGAGCAAGUUGACGAUGUCAGCAUCUCUUGUGAUGAAGAUUUAACUGUGGAGUGUGAACAGAUCAAUGCAACACUGAAAUGGAACUUCCAAGUUGAAACAGAGAGACAGCUUGUGCAUGUGGCGCUGCUGAAGCACGAACCAGGAGCUUCAUUCACCCUUGGUGACGUUGGUUCUGUGCCUUGCAUCUACUCCUCUGGUGAACGCUUUCUCAGUGAAGACAUGACCUAUGACAUCACUGUAUCUUUCACAUCCAUCUACCCAGGCCUGUAUGAACAGUGGCUUGUGCUAGAUUUUGACAUGAGACCAGUUCUCUUGAGGAAACUCAGAGUAAGAGUAAGCCAGCGGUCAUUGGAUGACACUGAAGAACAAACUGUGAACCAUGGAGCCAUCUUUCAAAGUGCUGAACGUUGGCAUCGAGGAAACAGGGUUAUCAUCCCAUGUUUGUCCAGGACAGAAGAACAGGAAGAGCUGUUAAAGGAGUACAAACCUCCUCAGAUUAGCUUUCUGUGUAAAUCCACCUACAACAGCCAAAUAUCUCUGAAUAAAGAGAACUACAAAGAAAGAAUGCACCACUUCCUGUACAAUGAGGAACGGGCAGAGGACCAUGUUGUUUCAAGACUGAAUGUUUGUGGAGAAAUUACAACACUGGAUGCAUUGAACAGUACACAGUUUGGCAUGGUGAAGGCUCCUCAGGGACAAGUAUUCUGUGCUGUCUCGAUUCCUUGUAAUCUCACACCAGACACCCCUGAGGGACAGGUACUGAAACGAAGCAUCCAGUCUGGCCUGAUAGCCCCUUUAAAUUCAAGUGGUCAAAAAUCCAAGGUCUAUGAAGCCAUCAUUCUGCAAGACAAAACAAGUGACAACAAAAUGUACUUGCAGCUGUCUAAAAAGUGUUGUGCUGAUCUUGCACUCAAAAGCAAUGAAUCGUAUCACAUGGAGGUGCAGUUUCAGCUGAACCGCCACAGCUUCUGCACCAUGCACAGGGCUGUAGACCUCCUUCCUGAUACAAAAAGAGUGCUACCUGACCUUGAAAACUGUGGAGUUCCUGUGAAUAACAUCCACAAUGAGAAACUGAAUGCAAAGCAGCAAUCAGCAAUUGACUUCAUCACAGGGAAUACCAGUGUGCAAAAAUUUGUAGCACCACUCCUCAUUUAUGGACCAUUUGGAACCGGGAAAACAUUCACCCUUGCUACAGCAGCCAGAGAGCUUUGUAAGCAGCCUGACAACAAAGUGCUAAUUUGCACCCACACCAACAGUUCUGCAGAUCUGUACAUCCGGGAUCACUUCCAUCCAUUCAUCAUCAAGAAAAAUGACGGAAUCAGUCCAAUUCGAAUAAAAGCAAACAAACAAGGGAGUGCUUUGUCUGCCACAGAUGAAAUUACUUUGAAAUACUGUUUUCUAUCUGAGGAUGGACAGCAUUUUCUGCUACCCACAAAAGCUGCCCUAGAUCACCACAAGAUAGUCAUAACCACCACAACAAUGGCAAGACAUUUUCAUGACCUAAAGCUCCCAGAGGGAUACUUCACUCACAUACUAAUUGAUGAAGCCUCCCAGAUGCUAGAAUGUGAAGCCUUGAUGGCCCUUGGUCUUGCUGGACCAAACACCAGAGUUGUUUUGGCUGGAGAUCACAUGCAAAUGGGACCCAAGCUUUUGUCAGUUGAUGAUCAUCAUCGUUCAAAUCACACACUCCUUAAUCGCUUGUUCCACUACUAUCAAGGCCAGAAGUGUGAUUCUGCCCAGAGCAGUAGAAUCAUAUUCAGUGAAAACUACCGCUCAACCAAAGAAAUUGUGGAGUUUGUGUCCACCAAUUUCUACGUUGGUAAGAAUGACAUUAUCAAAGCUACUGGAAAUAUUCCAGCUCCCGCAAAUGGCCGUGCCCUAAAGUUUCACCAUGUUAGGGGAGAGUGCCUCUUGGACACUGUUUCUAUGUCUUGGUAUAACAAAGAAGAGGUUGCCAAAGUGGUUCAAGAAGUAAAAGAGAUUCUCGAUCACUGGCCAUUGACCUGGGGGACCAAGGACCAAAGCUCAAUCUGUGUUCUAUCAGAGGGAAUUCAGGUUCGACACAUUAGGACAGCGCUUUCAAGAAGAGGCCUUGCUAAAGUCCAUGUUGAGAAUCUUGCAAAUGUGCAAGGCAAACAGUUCAGGGCAGUCGUAAUGACAGCUGUGCAAACACGUGACAGCCUAAAAACGUCUCACCUGCCUGGACUGGAGCUAUUCAAUGAUGCCCGUGUUUUAAACACUGCGAUGACUAGGGCCCAGUCCCACGUGGUUGUGGUUGGAGAUGCUGCUGCCCUGUGUUGCUUUGGGAAAUGCUCAGGAGUCUGGAAAAGCUACAUUGACCAUUGCAUCAACAACAAUAGUGUUGCACCGCAGCAUUUCACCAAAGAUUUCUUUGAAGAAGAUGCUAUGGAAACUGCAAGGUUUCGAAAGUCUGAACGUGUGGAUGAGAGCAACACUCUCUCUGAUGCAAUUCUUCAAGAGUUGAAAGAUGAAUACGAACAUCUUAAAACAGAGUACAGUUCAGAUGAAGACAAUUUUGAACAUGCAGACUUUAAUCACCACAAGUCCAGAUCACCAUUCGUUACUGAUGUUGACACAGAUGUUUUGGAGUUAUGUAAAAAACAGCCAGAGAAAUACAAACGAGGAAAGUUGGUCAGGGAGUCAUACAACAGAGGUUAUGUCAUACCAUUUCAAAACCCCACCAGACGUAUAAACAUUAAGGGAAGGGGAAACCUGGGCAUGGUCUUCACUGGAGACGAAGUGGUCGUAGAAACAGCAAGGGUAGUCAGCAUCACCAAGGAAGAGGAGUCCGCCCGUGUACUUGUGUGCGUGCUAGAGGAUGAGGAUCACAGCAAACCAAGACAGAAUUCUGAAGACAAAUUUGUCCGAAGGACAAUGAUGCCCAUUACAAAGUCUGCACCCAAAGUACGUAUACUGAUCAGCAAGGCAAGACGUAACUUCAUUCCAAUAUGGGAGCAAAUUGAUGGACAGUGGACAAUUGCAGCAUAUGAACGCCUCAAUGAAAAGCUCAAGCAGGACAAUGUAUUUGUGGUGCAAGUGAUUGGCUGGAAAAAACAUUGUUAUUUUCCAUUGGGGAGGGUCAUAGAUAUUCUUCCUGUAGGAAGAUCUUUUGCUGAAGGACUAAGUAUCCUGAAUGAAGAAUUUAAAGUUGAACCCACUGCAUGUACACCAGACAAGGGUUUUUCCUGGGCAGAUGAAGACCAGGCCAGAAGACAGGACAUGUGUCAUGUGAUCACUUUCACUGUUGACCCAGAAGGAGCAAAAGACUUGGAUGACGCUGUCAGUGUCAGGGAAAUUGGGGACCAGUAUGAGUUGGGAGUCCAUAUUGCAGAUGUGGCAAGCUUUGUGAGUCCAGGCAGUAAAUUAGAUGAGGAUGCAAAACAACGCGGUUCUACAUAUUACUGUGUUGAGGAAAACCCCAAUCAUAUGUUCCCUGAAGAUUUGAGCACUGGACUCUUCAGUCUUCUGUCGGAUCAAGAGUGCAGAGUGGUUUCACUCAUUUUCAAAGUGAACAAGAAAACACAUGAGAUCAUUGGCAAACCCAAAUUCCAGCUGUCGCUGAUCAAGUCUAAUGAGCAGUUGUCUUAUGAAGAGGCAGAGAGCAUGAUCUCCAAAAGAUAUGGAGAGGGACCAAAAUUUGACACAGUAGAAGACUGUGUCACAGUGGCUUAUUGUUUUGCAAAAGCUCAAAGGAAGAUUAGACUUGUGGAUUGGGCUUAUUCUCAACCUGAUAACCAGAGAUUGCCCGGAAAGCGCAAAGCCAAUCUCAUGAUUGAAGAGCUGAGCGUGUUAUUCAAUACACUGGCAUCCGAGACUUUGAUUGGUUCUGAAAAAACCAGAUAUUACACUCCCCUUCGCUGUCAGGCGAAACCAGAUCCUGAAAAGAUAGAAGAAUUGAGAAAGAGUGAAUGUGCAAAAUUAAUACCACUGUCUUUUCAUGUGCGGCACAAAGUUGACCAUGAUGAACAAGCUCCAGACUGUGAAAAUUUCCGAAUACUUACAAAAGUAUGGAAAGAUAUCCAGUCAGCUGCCAGAACUGGGGAUAUAGACAAAAUGGUGGACCUGAUUGCUGCAGAUGACAUCCACCCUAUGCUCCAGCCACUCAUUGACAAGUUCAGAAGGUGCUCUAGUAAAGCUUAUGUCAUUCGUUCCAACUCCUCUCCCAAAGCAGGGGUUGGGCAUCAUUCUCUGAACGUAAGUUCUUACACGCAAGCAUCCUCACCCAUACGGCGAUACAUGGACAUCAUCUUGCAGAGACUUUUGCACUCUUUCAUAUGUAACAGGGAUGUCCAAUACACUCGAACAGAGAUUUCAACUCUGUGCGCUCAAUUUGAGCUCAACAUCAAGAAUGCCAAGGACUAUGAACAAAAGGCUGAGCAGAUCUCCUACGCAGUGAGCAUGAAAAAACAAAGUGCUUCAAAGUUAGCAUUUGUUGUGAGUGCAGAUCCCAACAGAGAUAGUUUUGCAGUGUCAUUUCCUUUUAACAAGAACAUAUUUGCAGAGAGUUUGUCAAUUAUGUACAAAGAUUUACAGUUGUGGGACCAACCAUUGUAUGAUGAAGCAAAUCACUGCAUCACUCUUACAUGGAAAAAGCGGAUCUACACAGUUGACAACAUGCAAAUCUACCAAGAGUUGAAAAUUCCAGACUGUGGUCCCUGCGUUGAGCUUCCACUGACAACAUGGAAAGCCGCUGUUGAAGCAAUUGACAAAGAAAACUGGGAUCAUGCAAAGUUUCUCAUAAUGGAUGUUCAUACAAAGCAACUGGAAAAACAACAUAUUCUGCCAGAAUCAUCUGAGAUGUCUCAUUCCGAGACUAAUACAUGCACAUCUGAGGAGCAAGAGGUACCAAAGCUACAAAUGGAACAUGAGGUUGACAUGAACCUCCAGUUGCAAACAGGUGACACCCUUCAGGUCCAAAUGACAUCAGAGUUAAAAAGAGGUUAUCACAUGCCUGCUGUUCAACUGGUGCACAUUAAACCAAAGUUUGAGAUUUGUGUGGACCAUGUCCACAGCCCUAUCACAUGCUUCUCCAGAUCCACAGAUGAUCCAUCAAGGAUUCAUUAUAGUGACCCGGAGGAGUAUAUACGGAUCUGGAAACCACUGUGUGAGAUGGAAUCUGCUGCCACUGCAGUGGAUGAAAGUGACAGCAUAAUCAUUGAGGACCUGGUGGUAAACUUCAAUCAAGAACAGGAGGGCACGCUAACAGGGAGCUUCUUCUUAUCUCUGGCACAGCUCAAUGAAUGGGCCAUUGAAUGUAACCUUUCAAAAUGCUUACUGUGCAUACGAAAAAGAGGUUUGAAGUUGACCUCAAACCUGGAACAUUCCGCACUGGUAGACCCAAGACAGUUUACAUGGGUGGCCCAUGCUGUCACAAGAAAAGUAGAAGAAAGCAAAAAAGGAAGUCAAGUGGAGUUCUUUGUCAAUCACCUGCCGAUGGAGACCAUUCCUGAUUGUGUCUUUCAGAAAGACACUUCUUUCACAGUUGAAAUAAUCCCAAAGCUCCUACCUGACAUCCGUAAAGAAAAUGCUGUGGUCAGCAUUAGAUCUGCAUGUAAUCUUGUCAAGGCCAUAGCACUUGGACAACACAUUCCAAAAGAGGGAAUAACAUGGCACACCAUUCGGAAAGAGCUACCAAAUGGAUUUCCUAAGCUUAAUGGUAGUCAGCAUCUUGCUGUGGAUAAAGCUCUGGCUAACACUUUCACAGUCAUACAGGGACCACCUGGAACUGGAAAGACAAUAGUAGGCGUGUACAUUGUAUACCGCUUCUUUGAGCUGAACUCUAAGACACAAAGAACAUUUGUUGACCCCAAGGAUGCGAACAAGAAACAAGUCAUUCUCUACUGUGGACCAUCCAACAAGUCUGUUGAUGUUGUUGCAGAAUACCUGUUAAAGUUUGGGAACAUCCAAAAGCCCCUGAGGGUCUACAGCCAACAAGUGGAGAUGCUAGAUUACCCUUAUCCAGACUGCACCCUUCACUUUUCCCAGAGAACUCUCCGUCCGGAACGUGCCAAACCAGAGCUCAGGAGCAUCACUCUGCAUCACCGCAUGCGAGAGGACCAAAACCCUUUCUCACGUCAAAUAAAAGAUUUUGACCAACGCAUUCAACUUUCCCUGACGAAAAAAAAAGAGCUCCCAUCUAUUCAACUUGCCCUCAAGGAAAAAGAAAAGCUGCUGUGCAGUCAACUUGCCCUUAAAGAAAAAGCAGAGCUCCUACACAUCAAACCUGCCUUUGAGGAAAUAGAAGAGGUCCGACGCAGUCAACGUGAUGUUAAGGAAAAAGAAGAGCUUAGACGCAUUCAGCUCAUCCUUGCGGUAAAAGAAGAGCGGCUAUGCAGUCGACUUGGUCUCGAAGACAAAGCAGAACUCCGACAUAUUCAACUUGCUCUUAAGGAAAUAGAGGAACUCCGACACACUCAACUUACCUAUGAGAAAGUAGAAGAGCUGACUGCUCAAGAAGUGAAAGAUUACAAAAAACUUCUCAGAGAUGCUCGGACAUAUGAGCUUAAACAGCAUGACAUCAUACUGUGUACAUGCACGCAGUCUUCCACCCCAAGCUUGAUGAAGACAGUCAGCGCACGUCAGAUCCUCAUUGAUGAAUGUGGAAUGGCCACUGAACCCCAGGCCCUGAUUCCAUUAGUCUGCAACAAACCAGAAAAGAUUGUUUUGAUCGGUGACCACAAACAGUUACGUCCCAUUGUGAAGAAUUCUCGUGUGAGGAAGCUGGGGAUGGCCAAGUCUCUGUUUGAACGUUAUUAUACAAUCCACAAGAACAGGGUAGUGAUGCUGGACACCCAGUACAGAAUGCAUAAGGACGUAUGCAACUUCCCAUCAAAUGAAUAUUAUGAGGGAAAGCUGAAAACUGGGGUGGAGCAGCCGAGCAGUGUCCUCCGCGUUGACAACAAGACAAUGCCAGUCGUUUUUGGGGACAUCAAAGGAAAGACCAUCAGUCUGGUUGUCAGCACAGCCAAGGGCAAUGAGAACUCAAAAGCAAACCAGGAAGAGAGAAUCAAAGUGAUUGACAUUGCUGAAAAGCUGGUGGAGAAUGCUAAAAUCAAACAGCAAAGUAUCGUGAUUCUGUCACCAUAUAAUGCCCAAGUAUCAGAAAUCAAAGACCACCUGAGGAAGAAGAAAAUGGACCAAAUCACCGUCACCACCAUCACUAAAAGCCAAGGAAGUGAAUGGCGUUACGUCAUCAUAUCCACAGUGUGCUCUCUGCCAUGUGAAGAGAUUGAGAGUGAACCAGACGGAGCAUGGCUGUCCAAACACCUGGGCUUUGUGGGCGAUCCCAACCAGAUAAAUGUGGGCAUCACCAGGGCCAAGGAGGGACUGUGCAUCAUUGGAAACCAAAAGCUGCUCAGCUGCAGCGGAGCUUGGAAACAUCUCCUGGACCACUACAAUCGUCACAAUGCAGUGACAGAUGCAGACAAGAUUUCAGUGCAUUGUGCCUGAUUUUUAAGAGUCUUGAAUUCCAUAUAUGUAUAUAUAUAUAUACACUGUAUAUAUUUGUAUUUGUAUUUUAUUUUUUUCGAUGAUGCUGCAGUAACGUUUUAUAUGUUCUUUGUACAGAUUUCUAGCAGAUUUGGAGUGUUGAUAUUGGAUUUGACACAGUUGUUUUUGUUGUGCUCUGAUUUACAUUCACCUUUCUAUUUAAUUUCUAUGCUUUGUAAAUAGGAAAAACCAUAUGAACUGUUUAUAGAAUUUUAUUGUUAGAUGUGCUCACUUGAAUUUUUAAGUUUCACAUUCAAAGUCUGAAUAGUCAUUUUUUGUUAUUUUUUGUAUUUUUUAUUAAAAUGUAUUCAAGUUGUAGACUAGAAUAAAUACUCUUUAAUCUAAUCUUAACUCUGGACAGCAGCCAAGAAACAGAGUUCAGCUCUUGCUGUUUGGAUCUAUUCAAUCAUUUUUAGAUUUAGUUGACAUGUGGAGAAUAACCACUGUAUGAACUCACCUCCAGUGAGGCGUUGUUCCUGUUUACUGAGAAAUGAGUCAGUAUGUGAUUUCAUUGUUGGACACCUGGUCUUAACACUUGAACUGUCUGGCAGUCAGUGAGCCUAGUCUGUGAUUUAUUUUCCUGUCUGACCUUUCAUUGUUUUUGAUACCUGUAAAUGUUCUAUGCUCAGGGAUUGGCUUUGGCUAACAGAUUAAUUGAUGAAUAAAUCGUAAAUAAAAUGUUUGUACUGUGAAAUGUUCAUCGUUAAGCCCUACUAUGUUCAGCGAUUUCUGUAAAUAUGUGCAUAAAUGUACAAAAAAUGUAAAAUUGAUUUGUUCAUGGUUUAUGUGUUUUUGUUUUAGACCUGUUGAAUGGAAUUUAUUUUUAUCACAUUUUGUAUCAGCAAAAGAUUGAGCAAAUAAACACCUAAAACAGUCAAAUGGCACUUUCA